UUUACGCAGUGGAGAUGAGCGCUCGGAUAACGAAAUCCAACCCGGCCAUGAAACUGAUAGUGACAAACACUGGAGACCAGCAGCCAGGAGAGGACACCGCAGAGCACACAGACCAACACUGAGGAAGAUGCUCUUCACAGCUUCUUUUUCCUGGGCCUUCCAGCAGCAGGUCGUACCGCCGAAGUACCGUGACCCUGUGACUGACCUACUGUGCGACCAGUGCCCUCCUGGCACAGCUGUGAAACGACACUGCACUGCUGACACACCCACAGAGUGCCAGGCCUGUCCUGAGAAGCAUUUUGCUGAGAACUGGCACUGGGGGGAUACAUGCCAAUACUGCACCUCGGUGUGUAAGGAGAAGCAACUUGUCAAGCAGCAAUGCAACAGCACUCAUGACCAGCUGUGUGAGUGUGCUCCAGGUUUCCACCUAGUGGUAGAGUUUUGUAUCACACACAGUACCUGCCCACCUGGCAGAGGAGUGACAGCUUUAGGUACGCCGGUGAGUGACACUGUGUGUGAACGUUGCCCCGCUGGUCAUUUCUCCACUGGCGGCUCCUCCACAGAGUCAUGUCAGCCCCACAGAAACUGCUCAGAUUUGGGCUUGAAGACACUGAGAAGGGGCACGUCCACUUCAGACAGCCUCUGUGGCACUCAGGACAAGACGGCAACACUGGAGUGCUCUAAGCAUCACACUUUGUGCCACACUGAUGUGAACCUGUGUGAGGAGGCGGUCUUUCAGUCACUCUCCUCGCUGCGACUGUCCUCAGUGCCCCUGGAGCGGCUGUUGGAGAGUCUUCCCGGGCGGAGGGUGGAUCGUAAGAGCCUGGAGAAACUGAAGAAGGCCUGCUCUCCCCAGCAGCAGGUCCUCCAGCUGCUGCGACUGUGGAGGGAGCAGAACAAAGACCAGGACAAGCUGUACGGCAUCAUACAAGGUGUGAACCACUGUGAGAGGAAAGUGUCCCGCUGCAACGGCCUGAAAAACCUGACCCUAGAUGACCUCCUGAAGGUCACCAACAGCCUGCCAGGGGUCAAAGUUCAGCAGGAGGAUGUCCAGGCCGUGGUCUCUACCUGCCUGCCCAGUCAGUAUAUGCUGCAGCUUCUACACCUCUGGAAGACAGCAAACUAUGACCUGGAUCUAGCCAAAGGUCUCUCUCACAGUCUGAGGGUGAUGCGCAGCCAGGGGGCACCACGCUAUCUGCUGAAAGGCCUGAAGAAGAUCAGCCGCAUCAUAGGAACCACCUCUGCGCACAAGAUGUACGAGAAGAUGUUUGUUAGUAUGCUCCAGGAUGAGUCGUGUUUUAAGGAACAUAAGCCAUUAAAUGAAUAGGGAUUUGGGAGGUACAAACAGGAAUAUAUGCUAUCUAAGCAUGAAACAAGACACUAAUGUGUUGUCAGAUAGUGAACACACAAACAUAAAAAGACAUACACUUAACAGACAUGGGUCACAUGAUAAUGUCAGGUCUUUAAGAUAUCACUAAAUGAUAUCAAACUAAGUGCCUAGAGGUAUUUUGUCUAACUGUAACAUAAAGGCAAGAUGGGAAGCUAAAUUCUCUUUGCCUCUCUGAUUUUCUAUCAAAACCCAAUACCAAAAUAAGGAUGUUUUGAUUAUAUGAGGUAACAAGGGAUGCUAAUAACAUCACCCUCAGUCCACUGUAUCUGUCUGCAGUGAUGAAUCUAAUAAGCCUUAAAAGAAAUUCAAAAAAAGGAUCACACAUCUGUGUACUCCAGGCAAACUAAAAAAAAAAAAAAAAAAAAAAAAAGGAAAGUUUCCUGGGAACUUUUUGACCGGAGUCUGUGAAAAAUGAAAAACUAUUUAAGAUGUAAAUAGCACACUAUUUUAUGGAAGAAAGGCUGGCAGAUGUUGUGUUUUUAUUAUUAUUGCUUUCUCGCUGAUUGAGAGGAAGGAUUUGGUUUCAUAAUGAAAUACAUGUAUUUUCUACAGUUUUCCUUUGUUUGUUUGGUUUGUUCAGGACUGCUGGCAAGUAAAGCUCAUCUGAUUUUUUUUUUUUUAAGUUGUCAGCUUUAUGAAUGUACAAAGGAGUGCAAUGUGUUUUUCUAUUUAAAAAAAAUAUUUCUGAAUAUGUAAAGGCUUGUUUUUAUUACUUUAUCAGAAAUACUGGAUUCCAAAUGCUGCAAGUUAAUGAAGUGAUAUUUGUUUUAUAUUUUGUUUUAUCACUUUUAUAUUAAAUGUAUGAUCUUUAUUGUAUAUAUGCCUGACUGAUCCUCUUUAAGCGUGUGUAACUUGUGAACACUAAUGUCAAAUGAUCUGAUUAAAAUCAGUUUGUAAUGUUCGACUUCUGCUGUGAUUCAAAAACUCAGAUCUCUUUUCAUGUUUAAAACAACGUUAGCCAAUAGGAACCUGGCUGACUUCCACCAAUCACUGGCCAAGAACUAAUAAAUCUUUGUUGACUUGACUAAACA